AUGUUCCGUGAUCUUGCUGUCCCAGUUCGCCUGCGUACCGAUGGUGGACCCCAGUUCUCUAGCCGAGAAUUUGCAACCUUUCUUCAGCAGUGGGGAGUGCGUCAUGUCAUGUCAAGUCCCAAUUACCCACAGUCCAAUGGACAUGCAGAGGCUGCUGUGAAGAAAUUCAAGUAUUUGAUCAUGAUGACAGUACCCAACGGGAAUAUUGACCAUGAGCAGUUCGACAGAGGCUUGCUGGAAUUGCGUAACACCCCAAAUUUCACUGGUCGUUCUCCUGCUCAGAUUCUGUUUGGUAUGCCCCUUCGCUCCUGUGUACCUGCCCAUUCUAAUGCCUUCAUGAAGGAGUGGCAGACCAAGGCUGAAGAC